AUGGGAAAAACUUCGAGUAAGCUUAAGGAAAGACGAGCUCAAAGUACACCUAAAACAUUAACUUUAAUAUUAGAUUUCUAUUGUUUCCAUGACUUUGGAGAUUUAGUAAAAUUAAUUGGUCUUUUAUUGCUACUAAAGAGCAACACUUGGAGAAUAAUUGAUGAAGUUGAAAAGAGAGGUUGA